UAUCGAUUUUGGAGUUACAUUACUUGGAUAGUGUUUAUUGUGCUCUACAUUGUUUUGCAUAGACAUUUAUAAUUUCAAUACAAAACUUCAAAUAAUGUAUUCGAGUAAAAUGUAAAUGCGCUACAUUAUCAAUUAUUAAAAUAUUAAGCUUCACCAUUCUCGGUUUCGUUUUGACUUACAUAACGUUGCCAGAUUGCUUGACAACUACUUGCGCGUAAAAUGACUGUCAACAAUGCCGUCAUCAUCAUUUGGAUCGUCAUCAUUUUGAUGGUGUCUUCAGUUUCCUUGUCUGGUGUAAGCUCAUGCAGCAUUAACCUAAUUGCAACAACAGCUGCGUUUAAUCUGGGAACCAACGUUACCCUGACAUGCACAGUGUGCACUGUGGAAUCUGGGAUAGAAUUCAAACACAAUGGCACAAAUAUAGCGUCAUAUGGCUUCGAUAUUCAAGUAGUAAACGCUACUUUGCACAAGGCAUCAGUGAAGGAAAACGGCGAUGGAUCAGCAGAAAUGACUUUGACAAUUUUCAACUUGGCGAAGUCGUCAAAUGGUGUUUAUUCAUGUUCUACAAGCCCAUCGGACAGUUCUUCGCUGACUUUAGCAUACACAGAAUCAAAACCAACCACAGAUGAUGGGCUGAGUCCUGGUGAACUUGCUGCAAUUAUAUGCGGAUGCAUAGCCGGCGUUCUUAUUGGAAUUGGCAUCGGCAUCAUUGUAUAUACCAAAGGUAAUUUCGGAUGUACUGGAUAAAGAGAUAUAACGGAAAUGAGGGCCAACACAAUACACGAUCUGUGAUAAAAUUUAGAAAGGGUAAUGUGAGGAUCGUGCUCAGUAUAAUUAAAUUAUAUGUUUCGGAGUGUUAACUUUGCUUAUUUAAUUUUAGUCUAUGGACCCUAUUAAUUAAUGUAUAUUUACAAACUAUGUAUUUUGGAAUGAUAGUUUUAGGUAUUGAAUGGAAAACAUAACGAACUGUUUAAGAGAAAUUUGUAUAACAUAAUAUAAUAUAUAAUCGAUUGUCAUUUGCCUAAAUUUUGGUUUAGUAUAUUUUUGUGUUUUUAAAUAAAAACAAUAAAUCAACGGUUUAGAUGUAAUUUCUCGCGUAUCAUUUUACCGCUUUAAAGAAAGGCACGCGGAACUGCCAACGGAAAAAGAUAAGAAUAAAAAAAUACCAGUCUUUCUUUUACAAUAAAUGAUACAUACGUACAUUGAGGCUUUUCCGUUCAAAUUUUAAUGCUGUGUUAUUCAAACAUGUUAUAUAUUGCAUAUUGAACACAAAUACUUUAUUUUGUUUGCAUGAGUUCUAGAAAGUUCAGUGUAUGAAUGUCAUGUGCAAUGCGCGCAGCUUCCUUUAGACGACAUGAUGCAAUAUUGUAAAAUAUUUUUUAAUGGAUUUUAUAACAGGACUAGUAAACAAAUGUUGUUAUAUGUAUAUUAUGCUCGAUUAUGUUUAAACCAUCAACUCCUAUACAAUAAAUAUGAAACAAAU